AAAUUUUGUGAAAACGCUUCUUUUUUCGAAUAAUGUGGGGAAAAAAUGUUUACUCGCAUAGGAAACUUUUUUCAAAGGGGUUAAACAGAGAAAAAGAAGUAGCUAAAUAAGUUCCUGGUGCAUAAAUUAGUUAAUAUACAAAUAGUUCUUUUAAUCUUUAAAUCUCUAAAUCUUGUUUUAAAACAUUAACACGAUUUUCUUUUCAUUUUUUUACAAGAUCGGACAUGUCCACUUAAAUCUUUUAAAAUGUUGACUAUAUAAUAGAAAGGUAUUGAGUCGGUUUGUGUACACACGGCCGACGUUAACAGUAUGGUUGGUUAUUAAUAUAAGUCGAUUUUUAAUCAAUAAAGUUUUAAAAUCAAUAGGUUAUACAAAUAUUGUAUACUUUACUGUGUUAAAAUAUAUUCUAAAUAUAUUCUAAAUUUCUAAAUCAGGAAAUAUAAUAUAUAUGUUUAUAUUAAACAUGAGCUAAUGUGGAUCUUAUAUAAUUUUAACGGUUUAAUCCAAUAGACAAGCGAUGGAGAUGGUACGGCGGCGGAGGCUGGGGGCGGCACCAGACGCCGCAGGGGAGGACGGUGAUUUUGUACAACUUAGACUAGUUAGAGAGAGAAGAAAAAAAGAAAGACAAGCGACAGGGAAGCCGGCUGAAGAAUUCACUAACGACAACGGAGCAGUUCGAGCAGAAACGGCUUUAGUUUAUAAAAAUGAGCCAAAGAGCCGCCCAAGCACAGCUGUUCGGAUCCGAGCCGCCCAAGACUUGAGGGAGGAAAUGUUCAAGGCUGUUGAUUCUUCGGACAAACAUCAGUUACAGACACUUUUCCAAAAGGUUGGUAAAUUUGGCAGAGUAAGUGAGAUUCGGGAUCCUAUUACAGACGAGAAUGUGUUACACUAUGCAUUGUCUCGUGACAAGAAGGACAUUGUUACAUUUUUGAUAGCCCUGGAAGAUGUUGAUCUGUUGAUUUCAUACCAUGGCGUACAACGGUCGGGUAUGCACGGAAGAAAUAACGCUCUGCAUACACUUACUGAAAGGCAUGACACUGAAAUGGCAAAGUUCCUUCUGGCAAAAAUGCCAUCGAAAGAAAAACGUCUUGAACUUAUGAAGCUCGAAACCGCAGUUGAUAUACAAGGUCAAAGACCAAGGUUAUUUUCCUGUCUUCAUUUAGCAGCUUAUUACGGUCAUACAGAUUUAGUGGCUCUAUAUCUUGACCAAGGUAUGGAUGUUAAUCAUUUAAAUGGAAAGAAAGACACGCCGUUGCUAUGGGCAGCAAGAUGGGGCCAUGAUGAGACAGUUAAUCUGCUGUUAGACAGACAUGCUGACCCAGAGGUGAACAAUGACAAAAGCUCAACGGCUUUGUACUGGGCGAUCCGGUAUGAAUUUCCAAAAACGGUUAGUUUAUUAUUGAACAAGGGCAAAGCAAAUCCAAACACAAAACGAAAACUUGGCCUAAUAGCUCCGAUAGUAAUUGCUGCAGCAUACGGGAACGUUGAGAUAAUGUCGCUACUAUUACAGCAUCCAGAUAUAAACAUGAAUGUUACAGUUCCUGGUGGAGAGACGCCGAUGCAUCACGCUGCAAAAGAAGGUUGUCCGGCAAUCAUAGAAAUGCUUAUAAAACGUGGAGCAUUGUUUGAUGAACAGGACGAAAUCGGUGACACGCCACUUCUUCUCGCUGCAAAAAGCGGUCACGUUGAUAUUGUACAAGAGCUUAUACGAAAAGGUGCAAAUGUAAAACACAGGAACCACGAAGGUCAUGACGCUUGGUACUUUGCUAUGGAAAAUGAAGACAAUGCUUUACUUGAGACGCUAGUAAUAGCCACGAGAGAUCACGAGAUUUCCUGGAGACAGCCGCUCUGCAUAGCAGCUAACAGUGGUAGAUGUGACAAAUUUCAAUUUCUUCUGAAGAUGAACAUAGACCCAAUGAAAGCCGAUGCUGACGGCAACACAUUUCUACAUCAUGCCGCCAUGUCAAACCAGAGCGAGAUCAUUGACAAGUUCCAUGAAAUAAUAUCGUUAAAUACUCAAAACAAUAGAGGAAAUACACCAUUGCACAUUGCUUGCUUCCGUGGAAACACAAAAACAAUAGAAAGUCUUAUUGCGUGUAAGGCAAAAGCAGAUGUAAAGAACAAAAAGGGAGAAACAGCACUACACGUUGCAGCAUACUCCAAACAUAUUACAGCUGAAAUUGUGAGAAAGCUUGUGGAUUAUACGAUUAAAACACACGCAUGGGAAAGUUUAAAUGCAAAAGAUUUUGAAGGCAAUAACGCUUUACAUAUUGCCGGAAAGUUUGCGAGACCAGAGGUCUUAUGGGAAUUCAGAUUCGUGCCAUUUAAAGAUAAAGAUAAAGAUGGUCUGCUUCCCCUUCACGAGGCAGUAAGACCUGGCCAACCGGAAGCGCUUGAAAUUAUGCUGGAUAUAUUCGAAAGUAUGCAACGAGAUGCCAGAAUAAACGAACAAAGCCGAAAGAACAGUGAAACUGUUCUUCAUCUAGCUGCAGACGAAGGCCACGCGUCUGCUGUAAAACGAUUGAUCUCCCUUGGUGCGGAUGUUGCUAUGAAAGAUAUCAACGGUAAUACUGUUCUGCAUAGAUUGACCAAGCACUGCGCUAAUGACACUCGUUAUGUUACACGCCAUCUUGAAGUGAUUGAUACAAUUCUAGAAAAUGUUGUGAAGUGGUGGUGUAUUAGAAAUAAUGUCCCUUUCCCGGAGGAGGAAAAUCAGGAUGUUUUAAUGAAUCAUCGACGAGAGGCCAUUCUUUUCUUGAUAAAUGAUAUCAUCAAUAAUGAAGGUCUUUCUGUCCUUGACCAAGCGUUCAAAUCGGGUGUUCCUGAAGUGCUUUCGAAACUUUUGAUGCUAGACGGCGUUACUAUGUUUGAACGGCCUGAUAAGCAUGGGUUUAAUUUUGAUAUUACAUCUUUGACACCGAAGAGCAACGAUUCAAUGCAAGGCUGUUGUAGCGGCGGACGUGUGUCACCUUUAUCAGAGAAAGAUAUAAUAAGUAAAACACACAAUACAGAAUUUGAGGGUAUAUCUGGCAUAGAAUGGCUUAUCAACUAUACGGAUAAAGCCCGAGCGGCAGAAAUUUUAGACCUUCCACCUAUUCGGCUUAUUGAGCAGUACUAUAGAUCUAUGGUAACUUGGACAUUUGCGGCUCUUAUGUUCUUCCAUAUAAUUUACAUGUCUAUAUUUACAUACGUCGGUGUAGAUCUGUUGAAGAAAUUACGGAAAGAUGAAAGUGCCAUCAAUUCCUCCGAUUCGGAGACAGUUCUAAUGUACAUAGUUGUGCCCAUUGAGCCUGCAAUCAUCUUGAUUUACGUUCUGUACACACUUAUUAGAUACUGCAUUACAGGAGAUUUAGGCCGUAAAUCGAGAAUGAGCAGGAAGGAGGGCAUACGUCAAGUGGUGUCAAUCAUUGCAUCUUACUUAUUCUUCGCAGUGUGUAUUGUUUUUGCAUUACUUGUGUUUGCAUGGAUUGGACUAUUUACAGAAAGGUAUAAAUAUCAGGACUAUUUUCUUUCGGCGGCGUUAUGCAUUGGCUGGUUACUGACAAUAUCAUUUACACGUGGAAUUCGUGCGAUUCAUUAUUUCUACAGAAUGUUGAUCAGCAUGAUAUUCAGGGAUGUUUCACGCUUUAUGAUUGUCUAUCUUUUUGUAAUUCUUGCCUUCGGAUUUGCCUUCCACGUGCUGUUUCAAAUAUCGACUGCUAUAUCAGACGACUACCCACAUCCGGGCGAUACGUUAUUUUUAACGUUCAAUAUGAUGAUAGGAAUGGGAGAACUAUUUGACGACAACUUCGAAACAAACAUGGCGGCUGCUGGACGGACAACCGUAUACAGUAAAGUUUUAUAUCUGGUUUAUAUAAUCCUUGGAACCAUUGUUCUCCUCAAUCUACUCAUAGCCAUGAUGAACGAUUCGUAUUCCAUGAUCUUAAAAGAAAACCAAAUCACGUGGAGGAUUGAAUCUGUGAGUCUAGGGGUGGAUAUUGAAUCAAGCUUUCCUGCAAGCCAACUCUUUUCGAGAGUUAAGAUCACUAGAGGAGAAUUAGGACCUAAAGCAACCAAUAUACCAUCGGAACGUUGGUAUGUUAGCAUGCACGAAACAUUAUUUGAUCAAUUCAUGCGGGAAAGUGACAGGAAAUACUCAACUUCAACAGACGCUGUGACAAAGCGCUUGGAAGACAUUGAUACAAGAGUAGCGGAAGUAGAGCGUCAAACAAACGACAAAUUACAACAUAUAUCUAACCUUUUAGAACAGAUACGAGACCGGAAUAAACCGGUUAAAGAAACGGACAGAUGAUCACUAAAACAUGUGCCAAUGCAAGGAUGUACCGUUGCAGACGACAGAUAUUUACGACUGAUAUUUUGAUUAUUCUUUUAUUCUUGGAUCUGAUUCGGCAAAUAUUAUUAUUAUUAUUAUUUAUCAUUAUUAUUAUUUUUAUUAUUAUUAUUACAUGUAUUAUUAUUAUUAUUAUUAUUAUUAUUAUUAUUCCAUUCAUAUUUCUUAUUUUUUCUAUGAUGAUAUUAUAAUGUUAGGGACAGAAAUUUACUUGACGAUAGGCAGAACCUGAUACGCUCCAUUUAAUAUGUAUAUCAACAUUACUUAAACAGGCAAAUUUCUGUUUUAGAAUGGGAAAAUUGAGCGCAGGAAACCUGAACACACGCUUUUGAUCCAUUCGCGUUUUCUUCCAGCAUGUCAUAUGUUGUUAAAUUUGCGAACCGAAAGAUAACGUGUAGAUCUACUAAUGAUUUGGAUAUGCAUUCAUAAAGAUGGUAAAAUGAUUUAAAGCAAUCUAAUAGCGAUUUUUGCCAUUUCUUUCUGCUCAAUGUAACAUUAUUAUAAGAAUGUUGAAUUUAUAUGUCCUCGUACGAUUUUGUAUGACAAAAACAACAAAGAUAUAUUUAUAUUAAGCAAAUCUUACAGUCAUGGCGAGUUUAUUCAGAUUUUAUUUUAGUUUGAUUAUGAUGGAAGCUAUAGGCUUAUAGACACUCUUCUUAUCCUAGAACCAACAACCAGUACUGAACAAUCAGUGUAAAGUUUCUUGCUCAAGGAAACAACGACUUGUCCUUGACGGGAUUUGAACCUAUGCAGCCAGCGAUCAUUACUUACAUUAGAUUACUAGUUCCACGCGUUAACCAAUCAGCCAUGCCGUCACUUCAUGGCGUAUUUGAGUGAAAUUUUAUUUAAGUACAUGUUCUCAUUGUGAUUUACAAAUCUACAUUUUUUUAAUGUCAGGUUACCCAUUUUGUCUCCCUUUUUCAUGUUAAUUCAUAAUUUCACGACAUAAUACAUAAAAAUAUAUAACAUUGUAAUUGUAGAAUAUAAAACUUGCUCAAAUUGAGUCAGCAGAACAGCGGUGUCAUUUGUACUCAUCUUUUCCCUUUUUAUGAGUAAUUGUGAUAAAUUACAUUAUUUUUGUACAAAGCAAAUUAAAUUCUUUAUCUUUUUAUAUAACUGACCCUUAGAUUUUUAAUGCAAUUAACCUAUCGAAUUGCAAAAGAAAAUAUUUUUAAAAAAAGUUAAGGAGUUAGUUUCUCACGUGUAUUAAAAUGUUGUGUUUAUGCAACUUGAAACAUAUAUGUACACUGAAUUUAUGUUAAUUUUCAAAUAACAUUUAGGGGCGUCCGUGACCGAGUGGUUUAGGUCGUUGACUUCAAACCACUUGCCCCUCACCGAUGUUGGUUCGAAUCCCAACAGGGACUUUGGAUUCUUUCAGGUGAGGAAGCUGUCCAUGUAGCUGACGGAACGUCGGUGGUUCUUUUCAUGUGCCCCUUUGUGCCUGAAAUAAUGCACGGAAGGGCUACUAAGGUCUUCCUGCACCGGUAAAGCUGGAAUUUUGUCAUAUAACCUGAACUGUUGCUAAAACACAAAAAGGGUCAGGAAUCUCACAAGAAAAAAUAUAUUUAUGUCAUUUUAUACGAGUUAUUUGCACGUGGUAAAGGGCGAAACUAUUCUGUAUAACAAAGUAUCUAUUUUUACGCCACAUAUUGCAAUUUUUUACACAUUGUUAUACGAAAUAUUUUUAUACGACUAUUAUUUAAUUUAUUUAAUUUAUUAUAUAGCAUUUACAAUUGUUAUUAAUAUUUAUUAAAUAAAUCUAACAAUAUGCAA